AUGAAUAACAACAACAACAACAACAAACUACUUUAUAUGGUAUUUGAGGGAAGAGCAACAAUGGCAGCAGCAGGAGGAGGAACAACAUGUCAGUAUGAUGUUAGAAAUUGUACUGUGGAUGGAGUUUGUAAUUUUGCAACUCCAAAUGUUUGGCAGGGAGGUAUCGCUCCCAACUGCUCGUCGGGAGAUGACAUUGUUGUGAUUGAUGCCACAUCAAUGCUUACUCCUACUCGUACAUUGGUUUAUGUCUCAACUGGCACCACUGCAUGCAACCUUUCAUCUAUUUAUCUAGUUGGCGACAACCUCUUCUUUUCAGUGUCCUAUCAAACACUCGACUACCAAGAGUUCUCCCUUUACUCGUCUCAGUCGCAGAUAUCGGUGCACUCGCCCAUCCUCAAGUCCAAGUUGCAAUUGGCCAACUCUACCACUCUCGCAUUCCGUCAAGGUCGUUCAUUCUCGGGCUCUGUCUAUAUCGAUUCGGGAUCGGUUGUUUCCCUAAACGAUUCCACCAUCUUUACAGUGAUUGCACCAUCAUACAUCCAAGGUCAAGUGAAUAGUAUGAAUCAGUCUGCCACUGUUGUCAUCUCUUCGGACAGUGUAGUGCUUGACGGUGGUUCAAUGUAUUGUCCAAACGGUCUCGUUUCAUUCUCUACACCACAAUCACAAAUCAUUCUAUCCAAUAGUAAAUUAAACUUUAAAACCUAUGGUCCACAGCCAUCAAACAUCACCAUCAACUCUACUUCCAACAUCAAUACACAAACCGACACCUCUAUCUAUCUCACAUUGUUAAACAAUGAUACUGUUCUCCUGCUCAACUCUAAUCCACUCAACAAUGGUACUACUCCCAGACCAACAUUUACAUUUUUGUCACUUGAUAUUGAAGAAGGAGCACAUUUAAAGGUAGAGGAUGGAUACACAGCUGUUGUGAUGCAAGAUGUGACCAACAAUGGUAACAUGACCAUCAAGAAUAUUCCAACCGUUCAAAUCACCAAUAGUUUUAGAAACAAUGGUUUUGGAGAUGUUGUGCUUGACAGUAUCGACAAUCUCUUGAUCAAUGGAUUGGCUGUCAAAACAUUGAAUCUUAGCAAUAUCAAUCUAUCCUCGAUUCAAAACUUUGGAACCGAUGAAAGUGCCCAUGUCUUUAUUCGUUCAGUCGCCAAUGUCUCCAUGUCCAACUGUCUGGUAGAGUUUGUUUCCUUGACCAAUAUCACCAGUCUAGUUGUCAACCAGUCUCGUAUUGCCAAUUGUAGUGAAUCUGCCCCCGUCCCACACUACAUCAACGACACACAAAUCUUUAACAAUGCCGUCAUUAACAAUGUAUCUUUUAUGCUCUUGCAAAACACCGAGAUUGACAAUGCAGCCGUCUCUUGGUCUCCAUUCAUUCAAAUGUUCAAUUCAAGCGUUGCCGGUACCGUUCAACUACUCGUUGGAAAUAGUUCAUUGUUAAAUAUGGAUCGAUCAUCAAUCUAUAAUCUGGAAAAGAUUGAUAGCAUGUAUUUGACAGUUGUCAUUUUGAAUCAUGGUACAAGUAAACUUGGUUCAAAAUCAUUCCUCUCCUUGACCGAUAUUAUCUCCUAUCCACAUCAUCAACAAGGAGAAGAAGGUAAAUCAUUAUGUAAACUAAAGGUCAAUGAUAAUCUUCAGCUCCAUGGAAACAUUGAAUUUGUUGGUUGUAUUCUUGAAGUUGGUCAACAGUCUCAAUUGUCUGUCGACAAUGUAACCAUUACAACAAAAUCAGAUUUGGAAGUGUCUUCUGGUAUCUUGAUCGUCAAGAAUUUGAUGGUAUCCACCAACUCUCGUGUCGAUCUCCAAGGCAAUAGCUUUGUCUUUUUCGAGACUAUUCUCAUCGAUUCAUCACGUGCUCAUGUUCAGUUAAAGGGCAACUACUCAUUAUCGGCACCUAUUGUCGCUACCAACCACAGUACUCUCUAUAUCCAGUCUCCACUAGAAACCAGGGAUGGUAUCAGUUUGGAUUCGUCUCUUCUCAUGGUCUCUUCACCACUCAAGUGCCAAGGUCACUUUGUUUCGACCAAUCAAGCCAAUAUCACCAUUAUCGAUCCUUCACCAACCAGAAAACACAAACAUCAACACAAACCACAACCAAUGAUCAGUGCACUCACCAUUUCCAUCGAGAAGCAAUCAAGUAUCAACGUGUUGUUGCAAAAGAACAUUGUCAAUCCAAAUGACACUUUUGUCCUCUUGAAUGCCACCUCUGGUAUCAUCAUUGAAAAGGAUGUCAAUAGUCGUAUUCUCGACCCAUCAUACGAUGCUAGCAAAAUGACACCCAUCUUUAUUCUCACAAACAAUACCUAUUCUUUGUUUAUGAAUCAAACCCAUCCAAUCGGUCCAAACAAUGGUGGUAAUCCUAGAAAAUUAUCUCCAUGGAAGAUUGCUCUCAUUGUCAUUGGUUCCUUUAUAGGUCUCGUCUUUAUGUCUCUUAUCGGUUAUGCCAUCUACUAUGGUAUCAAGAAAUCAAGAGCUUCAGCUGCUGAAAGAUCUCCAUUAUUAAAUAGAUAA